CCUUGCAAGAAGAGGCGCUUGAGCUUGAUCAUAUGCCUUCACAUGUCCCUAGAAAGUACUAGGAGCUUGAUUGAUCAAGCACCUAGCAUAUUUAUGCUGUGUAAAAACAUCAAAUGAUUAAGCGGGCACUAGGAUCUCAGGCAAAAACCAAAUAUUCAACUGGGCAAGAAAGUUUGAUGCAGCUUUACUUGAUGUCUUAUAGAAAUGCAAAUGUUGAUUUGCCAAAGAACCAAAUAAGCACUUUGUAUGCAUUGAGUUACAAAAGUUGAUGUUGUGCUUUUUUUGAAUAGUUUUUGUUCUCAAAACUAAGGACCAAAAUACUAGGGGACAAUGGCCUUUGCCCCUCCCAAAGAAAACUUGAGUAGCAUAAGCGCAAUACUUUCAUUUUGCAAAAUAUUGUUGUUUUUACACACGGGCUGUCCCCCUAAACAAUGAAUUGUAUCUUGGCAUUUGCCAGAAACAGCUAGCCUAACAUUUGCUUUUGAGGAAAACAGCUUUGUUUCUAAAUAAAACGCCAGUUAAGCGUAGUUUUUUGUGUAUGAAAAUGAAAUGCACUGAAGUUGAUGUUUGAAAACCCUAUUUGAAAAGAAUGAAAUAUAAAAAUCCAAUAUUUUUCAAUGCCAGAUAGUUUGCUAAUUUUUCUUGGGAACCUUUAAAAGCUUUCUGUGGUUAAAAGCACAUAUUGUUCAAUUUUUUGCAUUCUUUGGUAUGGUGGUCAAGAAGUGCAGAACUUUAGUCCCCUUCAUCAGUUAAAUCAUCAACACGCUUUAUGGUAAACAAGUCUAAUAAUUGCAGUUGCUGGGCUAUUUAAUCCAAGAACAAUGGUUUGUCUCCCUGCCUGAGCACCAGGAAAAGUCGCGAUUUCAACCCUGGAAGUGGCUGUCUAAUUAUUUGUGCUAGCCUUUUACAAAGCUGUCUUGGAGUUUGCUUUGAGAAACUUGUCUCACUACCAUUAAGAGGUUAUUCAAGUGAAUUCAAGAUGGCAGCAACCGAAUGUUUUCGAUUGGGCCUAGAGGAUUCCUGGAGACUCAAAGUUAGGCUUUUCAAGAAUGUAAAGAAUGUUUCUGAAUUGAAAAAGAAAGUAAUUGGAGGCGAUAUUCAAGCAGCUCUUUUAAGGCCGUCCGUGGUAUGUCAUAGUUUUUCACUGGUUGUGGCAGCAAACAAAGCUAGACAUCAAAUGAUUCAUGGGAAAAUGAAAACAAGGACUCUCCAUACAGAACUUAUCUUCAAUCUAUCACCUUCUCAUAGUAUUUCAGAUUCACUAAAGAAGUUUGGAGUUGAAGAUAAAGAUACAAGCUUGCUACUUGCAUACUUAUUUGAUGUGGAGAAAGAGGAUAAAAUUGAAUCAUAUGUUAAUGAGAUAGAUGGAGAAAGUUGCUCAGUUGAUGAACUACCAACGUUUUGCAAUGAAGAAGAAAUCAAAAAGAUGUACAAAGUCACUGAUGAAGAACUAAACAUCGGGACAUUAGCAGAAGCAGUUGCAUUCAGAAUUGCAGUUAAAGAAGCUUCUUAAACAUGAUGAAACAUAAUUUGAGUAUCAAAUCGAGAUGACAGCAUGUCUUUUGAUUUACACCGCUAAGGCCUUAGAGAAGGAAAUUCCUUGCUGGGGAAAGAACACUUUCAAUAUUCCAGGAUUUAUCUAGCAUUUAAAGAGACACUUAAUCAUUUUUUUGAGACAUCUCGGUCUAGAUAGACAUCUUUGAGAAUUGUGGUACUCGGUUGUUAUAUCGCAGCACUCCUUUCCAAAAAUGUUUGAAAUUGCUUGUUCUUAGGCCUGCGUUUUGAAAUUGCUUGUUCAAAAUCAGAAAUCUUCUGUUAAAAUCAGAAAAAGGAAAAAGAGAAACCUCAUAUAGUAUUAAGAUAAAAAGUAGUAAGAUAAACUAAGUGAAUUAUUUCCAUAUUUCAACCCUGCCUGUCUAGCACAAACCUCAGGAACUUGAUCCGUGAAAACGUUCCCUAGUAAGAAAAUUUCGUGACCGGGAGUUCCUUUUCGAACAAUCAAAUGACCUAGGCAUUUUUCACAUUUUUCAAUUCCCCACGUCGUCUGCAAGCUGAGUUUUUUCCCGAGAAAGUGUUAAGUUCUCUCUUUGGUAUGACAUAAAAACUUCCAUCUUGUUAUGUCACAAUAGGCGAAAUUUUUAGAGUUAAACCAAAUAACGGUUUCUAGAGAGAUUAAUUACCUAUUUGAUUCCAAUUUACAAGUUUUGACCCGAUCUCUUUUUUAACCCCGUGCGGUGCCAAUAUGAUAGCAACUUUUAAAUAUCUUUUCUACUUUUUGAAUAUGUUAAAAGUCUUUGUUCUCCGGUUUUAAAAUACGAAUAUUUGCCAUUUUACUUUUGCGUGUAACAUAUAUGAAGUUCAAACCAUAUCAAAUGAACAGACUUUUUAGAAAAUUCAAUAUAUUUGUUAAAAGUGCAAAAAAGAUCAUUCAUACCUCAGAAUUGUCUUGCAUGUAAUUAUGGGCAUUAAGUUAGAUAUCCACUAUAGGCCCUGUUAAUUUUGGGGUUGUCUCUCAAGCAAAACAUUCUCAUUUUCAGGGUUAAUACCCUGGGAGGCCUUGACUACCAUAGAGUAACCCUCAAGUUAAUUCUUACUGUAGUAAACUUUGCCUUUUUAUAUUUUUAUUUACUCAGACAAUUUCUUUUUAGAGUGCCAACAAGAAGUUGAAAGUUUUUGCGUCUGGGCUACGUUGUACUAAUAAUUAAGGAGUUAUCUUUUAAAUGGCUUUGAAAAAAGCAAACAUUUAGUGAAUUAAAGCUUUUCGUCUGACACUCUUCAGAGUUUAAAACGUCAGAACAUAGAUCGAAAACUCUACGCUAAGAAAUAUAUAUACCCAGUUGUGGAUCGAAAUAGGCCAAUCAGAAACACGAGCACAUGACUGGGUAUAUAUAUUUCUUAGCGUCGAGUUUUCGAUCUAUGUUCUGACGUUUUAAACUCUGAAGAGUGUCAGACGAAAAACUUUAGUUUACUAAAUGUUUGCUUUUUUCAAAGCCAUUUACAAGUUUUGUACCACCAAAAGAGUUAUCUUUUCUUUUGCUAUGAGCAACGACUUGUAUUAAGUGAAGAUACCCGUUUCAUUUUUCUAAAAAUAUAUAAAGCGAUCCUUUAAUGCAAGUCAACAGCAUGACUAUAACAUAUAAAUGAAGCUGUUUUAGAAAUAAUGGUUGUGUAUAUGAUAGGGAAGGGUGUAUUUUUCACAAUUACAGUAACAACGAGAGUCUA